AUGGUGUUGCUCCGAUCUCGUCGUAACAAACUAGGAACAGGUUUGCGGCCUGGUGAUAAUGACGACGGCUCGAAUGUCCGAAAUCAAGCUCAGACUCGCGAGAUUCGACGUCGUGGUGCUCUUUACAAUGUGAGUUCAUCUAAUGGUAGACGACUACCGAGUGUGAGUCUUCAACCCGCCGAUGCUCGCGUGCGACGCGAUCUACUGAGACUGACGCAACUGGAAGACAAGAGAGUCGAAAGUGAAAAGAAAAGUGUCUACGAAGACGAGCAAAAUGACUGCAAACACCGCGAAUACCUCAACUAUCGACCGCCUAUGGAUCAAAUCCACAAGUUACGAGAUCUGCACACGACCGUCGCUAAGGAUUGUCGAGAGCGUGUGAUCAACCGAAACUCUGGCUCAAACCAGGAAGAUAACACGAAAGCGGAGUGGCGUCUCGGGUACAGCAAUAGUGUUGACACAGGAUCGCGAGCAGGCGUUGGAGGCACUUUUGAGCCUCGCGAUAAAACUCGUGAGCGAAUUCUCGACUGGCGAAGUGCUGCUGCAUUGCUACCAGACUCGGUCGUGGUCGCGUAUCCUCUGAACAACCCACGUCGUCGAGUAGUCAAGAAAAAGCCAUGGUGCCCAGCGUCCUCUUCAAAGUCUCCGAGCUCUGUCAACUCUCGACGGCGCUAUCCCGUAGAACGCUUCACUUUUUUCGGUGUAGAGGAGAAUGGAGACACGGAUUUCAAUGACCACGACGGACUCCAGCGAUUUCCAAUACGCAGAGUGGAAUCUUUUGAGUCAACUGAGGAGACUGAAACAGAAGGUGUCGUGGAUCCACGUUGUGCAGAUAGACAGCAAUCAUUAUGCACCAAAGCAGCGGAGACGUUUUCGCGGGUUCGAGCACGUAUAGACCGCUUCAAAGAGCCCCACUUGCGGUAUGAACUUCCAGUCGAGGACCCGGUGCAGUAUCCUCGAUCCUAUCGUCUGGGCUUAGAUGAUGUACUCUCGACUGCAUCGGUUAAGAUGAUACGUAACGAGAAGCCGCACUUCCGCCCGAAAUCUGCUGGUGCUAGCGUGGGCUUCCAAACUAAAAGUCAAGCGCAAAAACCCGAUGACUUGUUAGCGCCAGGAUUCAACGAAAGUGGAAAGGUAGCUGGAGCUCGACGUAGACCUCAUUCGGCUAGUAUCACAUUCUUCACGAAUUCAACAGUGUAUUGUAUGGGACCAGCUACCCCAUCGAAGUCAGGUUGCAUCUCCGCUGCCUCCGAUUUUCGAAGUGUGGUCGACCGAAUGACCCUGGAUGAAUACAUGAGUACGUGUGGUUGUCUUAAUAGUACCACGAUUUCGAUGCAGACUGAAACGUCAGGCUCGUCCCUACUAAAAGAGGCCAAGCGGUUCCUGAAGAAUACUGAGAUUUCGGAUUCCGGCGGAUUUUCAUCGGUGGAUACAUCGCCGUCCCUGAUAACUACGCGCAAGACUUUGGUGGUGUCAAGGCAACAGUUCCAUCUUGCACUCGAACCUUUCAACUUGUCUUCGACCGAUGUCAACUUGCUCUACUCGGCGUUGGAUCUAACAGUGAGCGACGUUGUGCAGGUUUGGGACGUUAUCUGUACCGUGGAAAUGCUUCAGAUCGAGCACACAGCGAUACGUCGUGCACGAGUGCAGCAACUGCAGGCUCCACCUGCGAAGGACUUGGAAUUCUUUCGGCGAAUUAUUAAGUAA